UCCUGAAAUCGAUUAUUACCUCGCCCUUGUGGCUCUCUAACCACCAAAAAAUAUCACUAAAAUUAUGAAACCAUAUCUUCCAAAUAUGCAAACAUGUCUAAUUAUUUUUGACCAAAGCAUAAAAUAAAAGCUCCAAUAUAACGCAUUGUUUAUUGUUGAAUCUUUUUUGAUUCAAUUAAAGAGAUCCUAGUAACUCCAACAUAUUAAAAAAAUAAUAAUAACAAUAAUUUAAAAAAAAAAAAAAAAAACCAUCUUAACUGGUCUCAUUACUAUAUUUGCUCUUAAAACUGCCACCAAAUAUAUAAGACUGCAUGAAACAUCCUAAAAUUAAGAAAAAAUAAAAUUUAAAAAAUUCCACCCAAAAUUCAUUCUCUAGUUUCUCUCUCUUCUCUCAAUUCUUGAUUUUUUUAGAGAGAGAAAGUCAGAGAGAUGAUGAAGAGGGCGAGUCACAACAACUACAAGGUUGACUCGGUGGUAAUAGUGAGUCGACUCAGGUCACUUCAUCUUUUAAUGGUUCUAGUUUUCGUCUAUUUUUUCUUAAUGACAACUCAAUUCCCAGUUCUUUUCCGUUUCUUGGGUAAUCAACACGAUUUUCCGACCCGUUUCGUAGACGAUUCAACCCGACCCGAUAAACCGACUCGAAUCCUCUCCCGGUUGGAUUUCAGAGCUCGGGAUUGCGAUAAUAGCUCUAUUUACAAAACUGCCAUGCAAGCAUGGGUUGUAGGAUCAGAAUUAUGGGCCCAAUUGAAGGAAAAGCCCAAGGAGGAAGCCCAUGCGGCAGUGAGUCCAGGUAACGAAACGGCGGCGUUUAGGUGUCCGGAGAAAGUGUCAGUUACAGAGUCAGAGUUUGAUGGGAUGGUGGGCCUGCCUUGUGGGCUUACGAUUGGGUCACAUGUGACGGUGGUGGGCCAGCCCAAAAAGGCCCACAAAGAGAAGGAGCCGAAAAUAUCGUUGGGGAAGGAUGUGAUGGUGUCGCAGUUUAUGGUGGAGUUGAGGAAAGAGAGAGUGGUUCGAGGGGAGGAAGCGGCGAGGUUUCUGCAUUUUAAUCCGAGGAUUAAAGGGGAUUGGAGUGAUAAACCGGUUAUUGAGAUGAAUCAUUGUUAUCGAGGUCAGUGGGGUAAUGCCGUCCGUUGCGAAGGGUGGCGUUCGCCUUUUAAUGAAGAAACUGUCGAUGGACAGGUAAAAUGUGAGAAAUGGAUCCGUGAUGAUGCUAAUGAUUUCGAAGAGUCAAAGGCUAGUUUGUGGUUGGACAGGUUGAUGGGGCGGAGGAAAAAGAUCGAUUUGGACUGGCCUUUUCCUUUCUUAGAAGAGAAGUUCUUUGUUCUUACCAUCACUGCGGGCUUGGAAGGUUAUCAUAUUAGCGUUAAUGGGCGGCAUCUAACCUCAUUUGCUUAUCGGAAUGGUUUUGACUUAGAAGAUGCCAUGAUACUACGCGUGUAUGGGGAUGUUGAUGUACAUUCUGCAUUUGCUGCUUCUUUGCCCACUUCACAUCCUAGUGUCGCUCCUGAGAGGCACCUUGAGAUGUCUUCUGAGUGGAAGGCUCGACCACUUCCUUAUGAACCCGUUGAUCUUUUUAUUGGUGUAAUUUCAGCUGGAGACCAUUUUGCUGAACGUAUGGCGGUCCGUAAAUCCUGGAUGCAACAUUACUUGGUUAAAUCUUCAAUUGUUGUAGCUCGCUUCUUCGUAGCACUGCAUGAAAGAGAUACUAUAAAUGUGGAGUUGAGGAAAGAAGCUGAGUUUUUUGGCGACAUCAUCAUUGUUCCAUACCUAGACAAUUAUGAUCUUGUUGUUUUGAAGACUUUAGCUAUUUGUGAAUACGGGGUAAAUUUCUUGUCAACAAAAUAUAUCAUGAAAUGCGAUGAUGAUACCUUUGUAAGGGUAGACGCUGUGAUUGAGGAAGCACGACGAGUUAACAGUGGGAAGAGCCUUUAUGUUGGAAAAAUUAAUUACUAUCACACCCCACUACGGACUGGUAAAUGGGCAGUUACAUAUGAGGAAUGGCCUGGCGAAAUUUAUCCACCAUAUGCUGAUGGACCUGGAUAUAUUGUGUCUUCAGACAUUGCCCGUUUUAUUGUGACAGAGUAUCGAAAGGACAGAUUGAGAUUGUUCAAGAUGGAAGAUGUGAGCAUGGGGAUGUGGGUAGAGAAGUUCAACAGUUCAAGACCUGUGGAGUAUCUGCACAACUCGCAUUUCCACCAGUCCGGCUGCUUCGAUGAUUAUUAUACUGCACACUAUCAAUCUCCUAAACAACUGAUCUGUUUGUGGGAAAGACUACAAAGUGAAGGAAAACCCAUAUGCUGCAACCUGUAACAUUUAUACUAGCUAGACCAGUUUGACAAUUUUUAUCCUCUCUUAUGAUUUGGAGGAUUUAGCUAUUAGGAAAAGUGACACAGAGAGGUUUUGAAUUGUAGAUAGCUUAUACUUGUGUAAUCAUCAUGAACAUGAUGAAAGGUGGCCUGGCACGUAGCACUGAGCCUACAAUGUAUACAAGGAAUUUUCCUUUUUUAUUGGGAACUUCAUAUAAAUUACUCUAAAUUUGAGAAAUUAUACAUGAUUUUCUUCAUACAAAUUCAUCCUGGUGAAUGAUAUACAAUAAGUUUACGCAUUCACAAGUUCAAUUUUUUGCCUACAGUAAGAGUAUACAGCUUUGCUAUCAUAAUAUUUGCUGAUGAUAUAGGUAAAGAACGAAGGCACACGUACAUUUUAAGCAUAUUUGACGCUGUGAAUUAAAGACUGGAGCUCUCAUCUUGCCAGUUCAAGGUACGAAUAUUCUCCAAUUUAUCCUGUUUUUGAAGCUGGUACUUCAUGUGCAUUCAAUCAGAAGUUUUAGCAAUGCAUAUUUUAUUGCAACAACAUAAGAUUAAACUCAGACUAUGAGAUGAUACCCUAGACUCGCCUUUUUCUUCCUCGAAUUCUGCAUGUUUUCAGGGUAGUUAUGCCCUACACCCUCAUAAAAAUGUGCAUGAUAAAGCGUUUUAUAUAUAGUCAA